AACCCCCAAUUGCUUUUUCUUUUUUCAUUUUCAGUCAGGGUUUUGCGAUAGAGAAGAAAGAAAACUAAAAAAUCAGAGAGAGUAAUGGCGAAUCCACAGGCAGUAAACUUUCUUACAGGCUUAGCUAAAGCUGCAUUUUCUCUCGGUCUUGGUGCUACAGCAGUGAACUCAUCUCUUUACACAGUUGAUGGUGGUCAAAGAGCUGUUUUGUUUGAUCGAUUUAGGGGAGUUCUUGAUGAAACAGUAGGAGAAGGAACUCAUUUCUUGAUUCCAUGGUUACAAACACCUUACAUAUUUGAUAUUCGUACUAAACCCCAUACUUUCUCAUCAGUUUCUGGUACUAAAGAUUUGCAGAUGGUUAACCUCACCCUUCGUUUGUUAUCUCGUCCUGAAGUACCAUCUUUACCCUCAAUUUUCAAAACCCUAGGUACUGAAUAUGAUGAGAAAGUUUUACCCUCGAUUGGUAAUGAAGUAUUGAAAGCUGUGGUUGCUCAAUUUAAUGCAGAUCAGUUGCUUACUGAAAGACCUCAUGUAUCUGCUUUGGUUAGAGAGAGUUUGAUCAAAAGAGCCAAGGAUUUUAAUAUUGUUCUUGAUGAUGUUGCUAUUACACAUUUAUCAUAUGGUGCUGAAUUUUCUAAAGCUGUUGAACAAAAACAAGUUGCUCAACAAGAAGCUGAGAGAUCUAAGUUUGUUGUUAUGAAAGCUGAGCAAGAAAGGAGAGCUGCUAUUAUUAGGGCUGAAGGAGAAAGUGAUUCCGCUAAGUUGAUUUCUGAUGCUACAGCUGCUGCUGGUAUGGGAUUGAUUGAACUUAGGAGGAUUGAAGCUUCAAGGGAGAUUGCAUCCACAUUGGCUAGGAGUCCAAAUGUUUCUUACCUUCCUGGUGGUAACAAUAUUCUUCUUGGGUUGAACCCAGGUCGUUGAAUUGAAAACUUCAGAUGGUGCUAUUCUCAGAACUGCAUAGAUUGGCUGAUACUCUACUUCCUUAGGGUGGGAUUUCAAAGCUUGGAGAUGUUCUUCUGUCUUUAGACUUUUUUUUUUUUUUUUUACAUUUCUAUCCUUUCCGGUUUUUCCUUUUGUGCCUACUUAAGAAGACUAAAGGGUGAUGAUAGAAGAUUUAGUAUGACUGGAUUGUGGAUGAAGAAAAUAAUACUUCCUUGGUCAAACUUCUUCUUUAGUAGGAAAAACAAUUAAAUGCGUUUUUAUCUGAGUUUAAAUUUGUGUUGUCAUUGAUGCUUUGGUUUUUUUGAUAGGAAGGAUAAACCUUGAAUUUUGAGUUGAUUGUCACUGUGACAACUUCUCAAUCUGUUUAAAGGGUUUUGAUGUUUAGCUGCCAAUCAGUGUAUCAGAUUUGUGAAUCGUUUAAUGUUACAAGAACGAGUUAUACCAA